UAGCUGUGCUGCCCCAGUGCUGCCCCCGGGAGGGAGGCCAGGGAGGCGGCGUAGCCGAAGAGCCGGGGUUCCGCCUCGGAGGUGCGCAUGAGGCAGCACAAAACGCCCUCCGCCAAGACCGUCCUGCAGAGGUGCGUGUCGAAGGCUGUGGAGCAGAGGCUCGACGCGUGGGUGGCCGCCAAGCGCCGGCGGGACUGGUCGACCGCAGACGCCAUCCGGGAUGAGUUGCAGCAGGAGGGCGUGAGUUGCGAGGAGGCGCCUGCGCGCCCCCCCUCCCCUUCGUCGGAGCCUCGCUGAGCCCCGACCCCGCUGCAGCAGAUGAGGCCCGACAGAGGCAAGCCGAACUUUAGCAACAGACAACCUUUGGGCGCUUCCGCGCGCCGCGAGAGGCCUGAGCAUCUCUUUGGCGACCCGGCGCCAGGGCGGGUGGGGGAGCCGGAGGAGCCUGCGGCCGGCGAGGGCGGCGGCGAGGGCGAGGGCGGCGGCGGGGGCGGCGGGGGCGGCGAGGGCGGUGGCGAGGCCCGCGCAGGCGAAGAGGGCGGCGAGCAGGGUGAGGGCGGCGAGGGCGGCGGAAACGGCGAGGGCGGUGCGGGCGGCAGCAGCGGCGCAUCGAGCGGGGCGGAGGCGCCGCCGGCAGCAGCCCGGGAGACGCGCCCGGCGCCAUUCAACCCCUACCGGGAGGCGCGUCCGACUCGCACCCCCACGCCGUGGGUUCCUAGCAAGUUAUAUCCGGCUCGCCCCGACGGCAGCGCUGGAGGUGGCGACGUGCGAUGGAAG